CGUGUCCGUCAACGUGCUGUCACAAAAAUUAUCCACACAGACACAACACACUUCAUUCUCGAUUAUUAAACCAAAACCGUGAUGCCUCCCAAAAAGGAUACGAAAGGAAAGGAUAAUAAGGCCGGUGGCAAGAAACCGGCAGCCGGAGGAGAUUCAGAAAAAGGCAAAGAAAAGAAGGGUGGUAAUGCCGUCAAAGUUCGCCACAUCCUAUGCGAGAAACAAGGUAAGAUUAUGGAGGCGAUGGAAAAGCUAAAAGCGGGCCAAAAAUUCCCCGAAGUAGCUACAGCGUAUAGUGAAGACAAAGCUCGCCAAGGCGGCGAUUUAGGAUGGCAAAUACGUGGUGCCAUGGUUGGUCCAUUUCAAGAUGCCGCUUUUGCACUGCCAAUCUCAACUGUCAACAAUCCAGUUUAUACUGAUCCCCCAAUAAAGACUAAAUUCGGAUACCACAUUAUAAUGGUGGAAGGGAAAAAAUAAAAAAAUAUACAAUUUCUUUUUUUAGAA